UGAUACUUCCAUACUUACUCUAUCUAGUAAAUUACAGCUCUUAGCUAAAAUAUAUUGUUUGAUUUUGUGGGAUCUCGUGUAUUGUUCAUAGAUGAUUGCUGGGUUUUGGGAUGGUGAUACAUCUUAUGGGUUUCUUUUUUUGAAUCUAAAAAUUGUAUCUUGUUAAGGAUUGGUGUCUCUUUGGAUCUCUCUUUUGCCGCUGUCAUGGGUUAUAGAUUUCUUGUUUUUCAUGGGGGUAUGGGUUUAGAGAAUGUGUUGAUUUUUUUGUGAUGAGUAAGUGUUUCCUGGUUGGAAUGUGAAUUCUUGAUGGGCUUUGUUAGAUCUAAUGAUCAAUCUAUGUUUUUGAGGAUAUGGGAAUCGCUGAUUUGGGAUGGCAUUGAAUGCCCUAACUUGUGUUUUGUAUCAGCUGAAGGAUAAUCUUAUUAGGUGAGAAUACAGCUAGGCCAGGGAUCAGCUGGCGAGGUGACCAGAAAUAUGCUUAAAAACGACGGUAUCGGUGCCUUUUACAAGGGUUUGUCGGCCGGGCUUCUUAGACAAGCAACAUACACAACUGCUCGUCUUGGGUCGUUUAGGAUUUUGACAAACAAAGCAAUAGAGGCUAAUGAUGGGAAGCCGUUACCCCUUUACCAGAAGGCUCUAUGUGGACUGACCGCAGGAGCAAUUGGAGCAUGUUUUGGCAGCCCUGCUGAUUUGGCUCUCAUUCGUAUGCAAGCUGACGCUACACUACCUGUCGCGCAACGAAGGAAUUACACUAACGCAUUCCAUGCCCUUUACCGUAUUGUUGCCGAUGAAGGAGUGCUAGCACUGUGGAAAGGUGCCGGUCCAACUGUGGUGAGGGCUAUGGCACUCAACAUGGGUAUGCUUGCUUCGUACGAUCAAAGUGUGGAGUUCUGCAAGGACAAUCUUGGUCUUGGAGAAGCUGCUACAGUUGUUGGGGCUAGUUCCGUAUCAGGUUUCUUCGCUGCAGCCUGCAGUUUGCCCUUCGACUAUGUCAAAACCCAAAUUCAGAAAAUGCAGCCCGAUGCUCAAGGGAAGUAUCCUUACACGGGCUCUCUUGAUUGUGCCAUGAAGACGUUGAAGGCAGGCGGACCCUUCAAAUUUUACACUGGAUUUCCAGUAUAUUGUGUCAGGAUUGCUCCUCAUGUCAUGAUGACUUGGAUAUUCUUGAACCAAAUCCAGAAAAUGGAGAAGAAGGCUGGGCUGUAACUCAAGGUGGAGAAGCUGGUUUUUGAGCUAUGAAUUCAGAAUAAUGUUUGGCCAUUUUGGAAUAUUAUUUAUGAGAUUAACAGACAAUCAGAUUUUUGUAGUGACCUGGAUUUGGUUGAGAUUAGGAUAUGAUUGCAGCUGCUGGGAAUUUGACAUUUCACUUCAUUUGGAUUUUUGGUGGGGGGUUUUAUUCACUAAAUAAUCAAUACAUAUUCUCAGCUGCAGAAAUGCUUUUGAUUUA